GUUGCAUUGUCAUUUCGGCUUUUCUUUCUAGCCUGGGCUGUGCAUGUUGAGUAAUCUGCUGCCCAUCGCAGGUUUAUGACCAGGAGCUCCCAUGUUCCUUGUCUCUGGGGAGAGCUAAUGGCAUCCUUUUGGUUUUUUGCAGGCUUUUAUCAGUAGACUACAGGCAGAUCUUCUACCCUCAGGUCUCUAACUAACAGAAACUACUGGCUCAAUGACUUGUUUGGGCUAUUUCUGCAUGUGCACUCCAUAUUUUUCCAAAGCUUCUCUGUAGGUACGAGCUUCUGACUCCAGUCACCUCACUUCUCAGAUUGCUAGUCGUUACAGCUGAAGGUCGCUCUCCUCUGAGAUGGACAGUGUCACCUAGCAGUAUGCUUUCCCAGACGACAUGAACCAGGUCAAAAGUAACCGAGAACUGUAUCUACAAUACUCAGCCACAGCCCCCAAACUGCUGGCCCACGUCUCCAAACUACUCAUUGUCUGCCGCAACGCAGGCAUUUCCAUCCCAAAAGGCAUCAGGAAUAUCUUUGAGUUCACCUGGGAGGAGCUCAUCAGUGACCCUUCAGUGCCCACUGCAUCUGAAAUUCAGGAUCUGGUGAUCACCUUUGGAGCUCCUGCAGUGGUGCUUGCAGAAGUGAUCCCAAUGCCAACCUCCAUACAGAAGAAGCAACCCAUACCACCCCCACAACCCCCAGUAAUGCUCACACCCACCACUGGGGGCAAGUACUCAGCCUCCAUCCCGACCUCUGCUCGACUGAUGCCCACUGGCCAAGAUACCCUGCACAAGUUCCAGCGGCAAUCCAUCCACCUGUUGACAGAGCUGCUUUCCCUGAAGAUGAAGGCUAUGGUGGAGUCUGCCUCUGGUGCCAAUCCUCUGGACAUCACCAAGCGCUUUGUGGAGGCCAGCCAGCUCCUCCAUCUCAAUGCCAAGGAGAUGGCCUUUGACUGCCUGAUUGGCACUGUUGGGAAAAGCUGCGUUAGUGCAUCACAGCUGGGGAAAGACUCCUCCAUGAAUGUUUCAGCCAUGGGAGUGAAUACACCUUACCAACUGGUCUACCAGACUUCCACAGCCUGUCUGAGCUUCUCCCUCUCCACAGGAAAGGAAGCCAAGAAGAAAGGCAAGACAAAGGCUGUUGUUGCAGAGGAGAUCUCAUCCCAACCUGUCCGAGUCCGAACCCCUCCUGAAAGUAUCAUCGUUGAGAUCCAGGACCCCUGUCCUGAGGCCCGGGAAAAGUUGCAGGAUAUGUGUCGCCACAUAGAAGCCGAAAGGAGAGGGAGGAAUGCCUCCUGCCCCAUGAUUUUACGCAACUACAGGGCAAAGAUACCCUCUCAUUUAAUGUUGGCCUCCAAGGGGGACUCUCACCAUGCUCCCACUGCGGGGACUCAGAUUACUGCUUCCACUCUUCACCAGCCUUCCAGCCAUCAUGCUCACAUGGGCCGCCAUUCUCAAGAUUGGAAGGGGCCCAAGAAGACCAUCAAGCUGCAUUACACUUUCUAUGAUGGCUCUUCCUUCAUUUACUAUCCUUCCGGGAACAUUGCUAUGCUUCAGAUUCCCACGUGCUGCAGAGGGAGAUCCAUCACCUGCCUCUUUAAUGACAUUCCUAACACCUUUCUGGCUCUGUUCAAUGCUGAAGGCCAGGGCUGUGUUUACUACAACAUGAAGAACAGCUGUCCAUAUGUCUUGGUUUUGGACGAGGAAGGCGGGAUCACAAAUGACCAAAAGGGCUACGUAGUCCACAGGUGGAGCUGGUCUAAUAAAACUGAGACCCUGCUGUCUCUGGAAUACAAGGUAAAUGAACAAAUGAAACUAACAGUCUUGGGACAGGACUCCAUCACCGUCACCUUCACCUCCCUGAAUGAGACGAUAUCACUCAGCGUGUCACCCAAAAACUGUCCCCAUAGUGUGCUGCAUGACAAACGGACAGUUCGCAGAAUCAGCUACCUGGAUGAAAAGGUGUUAAAGAGUAACAGAGCCCUGGCUGAGAUCAAGAAGCGGUUUCAGAAGACUGUGACUCAGUUUAUGAACUCUGUGUUGCUUGCAGCAGGUCUCUUCACAAUAGAAUAUCCCACUCUAAAAGAAGACUCAGAAGCUAGUCGGGUCAAGUUGAAAUCCGGGGCUUAUCCUGAUCGAAGCCGUAAGCCAAGUUUAUACCAAGCAGAAACCCUUGUGCGAACCCACUCAGCCCGACAAGACUCCUUUACAGAAGACAUAUGGAAGGAAGAUUCUUUACACACACCCUUGAUCCCUGUUAGAAAGAAGAGCAACAAAGUCCAGGCUAAAGUCUCACAAAGAGGGAAGCCAGGAGAGGUACGCAGCCCCACCAGGUGGGCAGCCUCACCCUCUGACUGCCCACUAGUGCUGCGGAGGCUCAUUCGUAAAGAAGACAUCCGAGCUGGCUGCAAGUGUAUUGUGAAGGCACCCUUGGUUUCUGAUCUGGAGCUGGAGCGCUUCCUGUCUGCACCCCGAGACCCCAACCAAGUACUGGUAUUUGGGAUAAUGUCAAGCCAGAAUCCUGACUGUACCGCACAGCUCCAGUGGCUGCUUGAUACACUGUAUAGCCAUCGGCAGCAGGGCCGUUCAUCACCUUGCAUCCAGUGCCGCCAUGACCCUUACCGCCUGCUGCGGUAUGACCUGGACAGCCCCCUGCAGAAGGAUCCACCCCUAAUGGUGAAGAAGUUUGCUGUGGUGCACGGGAUGGUUUUGAUGUUUGCUGGGGGGAAGUUGCUUUUUGGGGGCUGUGUCCUAAAUGGCUAUGGCUUCAGCAAGCAGAAUCUGCUGAAACAGAUCUUCCGGGCUCGACAUGAUUGCAAGAUGGGCUACUUCCUGCCGGAAAACUACAAAUUCAAGAAUAGCACUUUCAGAGCAUCCAGAACAGCCAAACUGAGUGGCUUAAACAGCAGAUGUGUGUCAUCUCAGUUCUGAGGGCUGGACAUUGGAUCCAGCAUGCCAACCUAUGUCACAAGCCUGGAAGACCUUGAGUCAGCUAAAAGAGCCCCAUCGGAAGAUUUUGAAGGCAGUAUCUCUUCAUUGGCACUUGGGGACAAAGUGGAAAAAGUACCAUCUCCCACCCCUGGCAAAUUGAAACAGCCUGAAGUGGAACCACAUUCUUUCCUCAAGUUUAGGAGGUCCAGUAAGAAGAGCAACAGCACGAAGAAGUCAGGUUCUAAGAAGUGAUGCUGGAACAGCCAGCAAUGCCCUCCCCACACCCAGCCCUAACUCCUGGUCUCCCACCCCCCUUCAAUAAAUGCGUGUGCCUCCAGCAUCUGGGUGAGGCAGCGGUGGGUGGGACAGACCCAGCUCUGACUCCAAGAAGGCCAGAAGCUCCGACAGCUAGUUUCAGGCUAGGUUCUUGAAAACUUGCUACCCCCAACUCAGUGCUUCUUCUGUGGCCAGGAGUAAGCCUGAGACUACAAUUCUAGGGAACAAAUGUCUCAUGGCCAAGGGCCUGCCCGCUCAACCCUCCAGCAACCCUGGGGAGCCUCUGAAGGGGUUGGAUUGUUUCUCCUACCCUCUGAUGAAUGGGCAAGA